AUGGCUUCGCCGCAGCUCCGGGGCUGUGGAGUCCACGCCCUCCAGGUGUUGCUGCUACUGCUGCUGCUGUUGCUCCCGCUGCGGGUGACGCCGGGCACCACAUGUCCAACCCCCAUAUCUGUUGAACAUGCAAACAUCCGGGUCAAGAAUUACAGUGUGAACUCCAGGGAGAGGUAUGUCUGUAAUUUUGGUUUCAAACGGAAAGCCGGCACAUCCACGCUGACUGAGUGUGUGAUAAACAAGAACACAAACAGUGCCCACUGGACAACUCCUAACCUCAAGUGCAUCAGAGACCCCUCCCUGGCUCACCAGAGUCCAGUGCUACCUUCCACAGUAGUGGCACCAAAGGCGAUGACCCCACAGCCAGGGAGCCCCUCCCCUCCUGAAAAAGAGCCAGAAGCCUUAUCUCCCAAAUCAGAUACCACAUUGGCCACAGAGACAGCUAUUGUGCCAGGCUUCCGGCUGACACCAUCCCAACCAGCUUCUGCAGGAACCACAGGGACAGGGAGUCAUGAGUCCUCCCAAGCCCCAUCUCUUGAAGCAACAAUGACCUUGGAGCCUACAGCCUCCACUUCCCUCAGGACACCAGAGAUUUCUCCAAGCAGUUCCAAAAUGAUCAAAGUGGCCAUCUCCACAUCGGUCCUGGUCCUGUUGGUUGGUGCAGGAAUUGUGGUUUUCCUUGCCUGGUACAUCAGAUCAAGGCAUGCUUUGCAGCCACGAGGUGUUGAGAUGGAAACCAUGGAAGCAUUGCCAAUGACUGUGAGGACUAGCAGCACUGAGGAUGACCCAGGAUCCUAA